GUGUAAUGGUAGGGUGCGCUGUGCCCUAUCUUUGCUGAGUGACGUGUAAACCUCAAUUUGACUCAUAAUUCUGUACACCUCAACCGUAAAGUGUGCUAGCUGUGCGCGCUGUACGAGAGAAGCAAUAAAUAGCGUUCGGUGACCGCUGACACAGCAGAUAACCGUAAAGCCUCGCCAGAGAAAGGAGUUCAUAUCUACCUAAGAGAAUUAAAUAGAUCUUAAAGCGCUGUUGCCUACGACGGCUUUGUCCAGAUUGUGAAAGUGCAUUUGCACCGGGUGUAGUGUGUAUCUUUGAAGAUAUAUCUAUCAUCUUUUUGUGAUUAGCAGUGACUAGUAAUUAGCCUUCAUGACGGGGGAAACGGACCGAUUCGACGAUCCCCAGGCCGCGGAAACUCCCCGCCGAGCCAGGACGCCAUCCGAGCCGCUCAUCACGGCUAAACUCUACGGGGAAGAACCACACCUGUGUGCUGACUCUCCGGAGAGCCGCUGGACCAUGGAGGACCUGACAUUCAGCGAAGAGCUUUACCAAGCCAAAGGGACGACAGACGAGCCAAAGCACUACCAGAAAAACACCACACAUCGAAACACCAACCACCACCUCCAUCACCACCACCACCAUCACAACAACAGCAACCAGUUACAUCCUAACCGCAACUACAAUAACCAGUAUUCAGACCCUUUCGAUUACAAGAACACAAGUCACAGCGAGUUUAAGAAGUUCAUGAACAACAACAAUGAUGAUAUGGACCUUAAUUACCUUAGGCCACCGAGUCCAUUGAGGCACCACAGAACUCGGAGCACCAGCUUGCCUUUUCUUACCCUUGCGGACUUACCAGCUCUUCAGAAGCAGAGGCCACUCAGAGUGGUCGUUCUGGGAGACUCAGGUGUAGGAAAGUCGUCAUUAGCAGUACAGUUUGUCGCCUCUCUCGGUGAAUACAAUGACUACGAAUCAGUGCUAUCAGAAAACCCUGAUGAGGUGUACGAGAAAACGAUGCAAAUUGACGGCCAAGAAAUCACGGUGCAGAUUGUCGACACACCACCCUACGGCCAGGCUGAAUUCGAGGAGAGAGAAGAUGAACUCUUGCAAGGUGGUGACGCCUACAUCCUGGUCUACUCCAUCACUAACAGACGAAGCUUCAAAAAGGCCAACGAGCUCAGAUUCAAACUCCAGAGGACACAAGCAACAGAGAUGGUACCCAUCAUCCUGGUCGGUAACAAGACAGACCUGGAGAGAUCGAGAGAAGUCCCUUUCGAAGAGGGCAAACACUUUGCAGCACUAUUCGACUGCAAACUUAUCGAGACUUCGGCAUCUCUUUCUCACAACGUCGACAAGCUUUUUAACGGCGUCGUCCAGCAAAUCCGACUCCGACGCGAUAGACGUCACUCCGAGGAAGAGAUGGAGACCGGUAGUGGGGGCAGUGUGGAAUCCCUCAAGGGAUCGCCGACGCGCGGCGAGCGACAACGAUCGCCGUCGAAGAAAAGCAGAAGACCGUCCAUGCUGAAGAGAGCGCGCGGCGCCAUUGGUAGACUGCUACGGCGGAAGAGCGGUGAUGAGCCUACCCCAGGGUACCGUGCUAGGUCCAAGUCUUGUCACGUGAUGGAAGUGCUUUAACCGGCGCCACGCUUCUUCACACGUGAACACACAAACUGACAUUUGUCUUCGUGAGGACUACUAUCAUGAACAAUCACACGCACUCACAUAAUGUGUUCUAAGAUCAUACACCAUCUUUCGAGAGACAGCGAUUUUGGAAGAAAGAACUUUGAGUAUUUGAUUACCUAUGGCUCUACGAGGAAAAUGCUAAUUGAUCUGAAUGAUUUUUUUUUUACCAAAGAGAUUCGUUUCGAGGAAAGAGGUUUAAUGAGUUUUCUAUUACUUGACUUUUAGAAAAAAAAUGAUGGAUAAUCCGAGUGUAUAGUCUUGACCGAUAAAUAUAUAAUGGGUGUAAAAAAAGAAGACGUUUUUAAUCACAUGAAAAUGAUUACCAAUGUGGCUAUGGAGCAUCCGACUCAAAAUUGUAAUCAUUCAUCACCAUUCCAAAGACGCUUUCUUAUAUAACCACAUUAUUCUUCACAGUUAUUUGGUAUUAAUAUUACUAAUAUUGUAUAAUAAUACUACGAUGUUUGCUGUAUGGCAUCCUAUCUCACCUCUUUGGUUUGUAAAAUUUGAAGAUAAUCAAAACAGUCCAUCACUUAUAAACAUACUGUUACAAACGUUACGUCCGAACAAACUGGCACAAAAAUAAUUGUGUUCGAAUUUUAUAUUCUUUGUCAAACACAGCACUAUAUGCCACUUUCACGGAUGAUAAAUAUACUACAAGGAUAAAACUUACUGUUAAGGUAUUAACCUACGAACAGAAAACAUGCACUAUUAUUAAAUAACCUACAAAUGAAAACGGAGUAGAGGCUGGCAAAUACGCUAAUAUUCUAUUUUGAUUGAGUAUUACAUCGAUAUUUGUGCCCCAGUACUGUGGUAAAAAUAUUGUUAAGGUUAAAGCAAAAGUAAGUCGUAAUGGGUCACGGAUAUGAAAAUCAAUACCAUGAUAACCGUAGAAAACACCAAUCAGUCUGACCCGGUUCGCUUGAUAACACAAUUUGUAAUCACUAAUUGUUCUCUCUGGUUGUUUUUUUCUUUCUUUCCAAAAAAGGGUCAUUAUUUUGACAAAUCUUAUUUGCUUGAAUGGGGCUCGUUUCUGGUUCAAUCAAUACCAUUGUUAUUUUCUCACGCAACCGUUACGGGAGCGUACAGAUUCCUCCAAAAUACAAAUAUGUCCCAACGCCAUUUAUCGAACUAAUAAUAGUUUAUAGCCUACAUUCGCAGUUUAUAAAUACAUACAGCAAGGCUAGAGAGAUGAAAAACUGGUUAUCGCAGUACGUUUGGGUCAAGUGAGGUAAAGUAAAGUAAAAGAUCAGGGAAGGAAGCAUGAUGGUUUGAACAAAGAUUCUGCUGAUGGAGCUGAAUAUCCGGAUGGCUACGGGCUGAACAGUAUGAAUAAUUAAUGGUUCAUUUGCACAUAAUCAAUACUAUUAUUGUCAUUGUAUACCCCUCCAUGGGGCCACUGAGCUUUAUAAGCUUGUGAUGUUUGCGCUGAAACUUUUGAGGUAAUCUUGAUAUACAUAUUCCAAAUGGUAUUAUCAUUACUAUUAUUUGCAUUUUCACUUUUGCAUCUGUGUACAUUUUUGGUCUUGAGACAUGCGCUUUGAGAGUUUCUUUUCGUGAUUUCAAAUAACUUUCACAAGUCCUAUUUGUUGUAUCUCCACCACCGCUGUAUUCAACCAGACAUGUUUAUUAACGACGUUCGUCUAGUAAAUGACUGGAUUCGUGUAACCAUAUAUAUAUUUUCAUUCAUUUUAUGCAGGACUAUCAAAGGUUACUGUUUUUGUUUAAUCUUCCAAUUAACGGUUCUUUGAUUAACACUCUCAAUGAAUGCAUUAUAGUUGAAUUUGCAACACAGUCACUAAGGUUUAGUAACGUCACACGCUCAAACUAAAAUAUUUUUUGUCUUGUUGCUAUUUGUUCAAUAUCGUGGUUUUUUAAGUCACCUAAUAUAACGUAUCCUUUUUCAAUCUUAGAAUAAUACGUCAAGAAAUUAUAAAGCUAAUUAGCCAUGAAUGAACAAUUGUAUUGGAAAUACAUUGAAACACAUUUAUGGAGUUAAACAGUAUGAUAUAGUACAUCAUUCUUAUAUACGUCACUCUUACUUUCUUCACAACCUCAAAUGAAGUCUUCACUCUAAUACGUAUGUUCUUCGUGUGUUUCUAUGUAUAUGAAGAUAUUUUUUGUACUUUGAUUCUUAAGUAAAUUGGUGUCAAAUAUUUUAUAUCAAUGUCGACAUAUGUCACCAUGUAACACCAAAACAAUGUGAUCUAUCGUUGGAGUGAUGUAAAAUUGGAAGGUAAACGGCGAUUUUGUAGAGGAAUAAGAAAUGGUUGAGAGUUUGUACAAAUGUAUGAUAAGAGAAAUAAAUGGUUUCAUACGAGAAUUUUGAAAAGUUA